AGGGGAACAACUUUCUGAGGACUUUGGGAAGGUGAACCCUUUAAAGAAAAUUCCGGCUUUGAAAGAUGGAGACUUCACCAUGUCUGAGAGUGUUGCAAUCCUGCUGUAUUUGGCUGAAAAGUACAAGCUGCCUGAUCACUGGUAUCCUGCCAAUUUGGAAAAACGUGCUAAGAUCAACGAGUUCUUGUACUGGCAUGUUAAUGUGAUCCGUCCUCUACUAGUACAGGAUUUCUGGCUCAAGGUUAUGGCCCCCACGCUUUUACAAAGGAAUGCUCCUGCUGAGAAGCUAGAGGCAGUUGCACAAGAGUUUAAUGCAGCCCUGGACCAAUUUGAGAAAAUAUUUCUGCAGGGCAAGCCCUACAUCUCAGGGAAGGAGAUUUCAGUGGCUGAUGUGGUGUCAUUCUGUGAUCUCGUACAGGCUAGUCGUACUGGUCAAAAUAUGUUUGAGGAACGUCCAAAGAUAGCCGCCUGGCGUCAGAAUGUGGAAUCGCACUUAGGAAUGGAGUUGAUCGAUGAGGCACAUAAAGCAGCCCUAAGUGCUGGAAGCUAUUCUAAGGAUUCCAUGGACCCUAAAGGUGUAGAAUGGUUAACAGCCCGGGUCAAGUUGCUGCUUUUAUAAUGCCAGGGAGUAGGCGAAUUAACAUUUUGUUCAAACUUCUUCUCUCUUUCAUCUGACAAGCUUUUUGUUGUUAUUUCUAAGCUAAAUACAUUCAUACACAUCUAUAUAUCUAUAUGCAGUUGUGUAACUAUUGGAAAAUGGAAAUUCAGGCAGUACCUAGAAAGAGUUUAUUAAUGAUCGUUAGUUUCAUAGGUUUUAAAAUGUUGCAGAUCAACCAUAGCAUUUAGUGACUGCCAUGUUUACCGUCUGGUGUAGUUGUAUGAUUAGACCCAAACACUUUAAAAUCGAAGUACAAGUAAUCGGAGUUUAAGUAGUAGUAAUUUUCACCAAACUGGUUAUAAACAUCAGUGAGAAAAGUCUGUUCUUAUGCCUGCUGUUUGACUGGACAAAAAAAUAAAGCAAGAAAGAAAAGAUUAAGAAUAGCUUGUGUUUACUUAAUAGCAAAUUCGGGUCAUAUCCAUUCUCAUAGAGCUAAGACCAUGUAUAAUGUAAUUUGUCACUUUGUUCGUAAUGCUUGCUAUAAACCAAAUAAUUCUAGCAAACACAUUAGAAACCCGGUAUGUCCAAGAUGUACUCAUUUUCUUAAUGUUUUGUUCAAAAUAAACAUAAUCUGCAUUAA